CACUGGUCUAUGAGUACCUGACUACUAUCGAGAUGCAAACCACAAAUGUUACAGUGAUAGAGGAACUGAGGAUUAUCCUGGAUAACAUCAGCUACCCCUUCCCCAUCGACAGCAACAUACUGAUCUCUGAGGUCAACAUCACCACAGUUUGCUCUCCAUUCGGGGCUGGGUUCCAAUGCACAUGUGAGGAUCCGUAUCGCUGGCCAUGUGACAAGUGUCUUCUGCAUGGGUCAUGUGACAACAUCACUGAUGAGACGUGUGGAUGCAUCAAUGCCCUUCCCCCUGAUGAAGAAUACUGCCAGCUCUCCCAACUCAUCAAUACAACUUGUCCUAUCACGACUUCUGCACCUCCGUUCACCACUUCUACACCUCCAUCAACCACUUCUCAACCUCCAUCUACCACUUCUCCACCUCCAUCAACAAGUCCUCCAGUGGUCUAUGAGUACCUGACUACUAUCGAGUUGCAAACCACAAAUGUUACAGUGAUAGAGGAACUGAGGAUUAUCCUGGAUAACAUCAGCUACCCCUUCCCCAUCGACAGCAACAUACUGAUCUCUGAGGUCAACAUCACCACAGGUGAACACAAAGUUCUGCCAAUGUUGUGUUAUCGCUCUUUGCAGAUGACUGGGUCACAGGUUUGAAGUAUCCUGUAUUUGCUUGUCCAUCAUGUUUGACGAUGUGUUAUGACUGUAUUGAACAGUUUCCGCUGGAUUUUGCUGAGAUCUUAUGUGACUGUUGUGACCAAAAAUGCACGAUUUGAAGGCAGCUCUUCUGAAGAAGAUGCUGCACAAUUUGUGGAUAUUUUUUUAUGUUUUUAGCCCUAAGGUUGUGGGAAUCAGGAACAUAUGCAUGAACCUUUGAGAUGGAAUAAUGGAUAAAAUGUCAUUCAAGCUAUAGACAAGACUUCCAGUAAGAAUGAAACAAAUUUUAAAAAGUGUAUCACUUGAAAUAUAAGUGCAAUAUUCCUAAACCCCAUAAACAAGUGAAGGAGAAGGUAAACAUGCAUCACCUUAAUUUUGUAGAAAUGCGAUGAUUGGUCAAACUGGCGGGAAAGUUCAACAAUUGGUCAAAUCUGCUCAAAUGUUGCAUUGAGUGAACAUAUUUAGAAGGUACCACUAAUCCACAUAGAUUUGUCAAUUCCCUCUGAAUUGUAAGAAUGCAAAAUGACAAAUUCUUGGAAAGACUGAUCCUGCCUUUCUAUCACAAAUGUUAACCGUCAUCCACAAAGUGUGUCAUUUGGACCAAUUUUUCCGGAACAUUGUUUGUGUUUAUCUGUCCUCAGUUUGCUCUCCAUUCGGGGCUGGUUUCCAAUGCACAUGUGAGGAUCCGUAUCGCUGGCCAUGUGACAAGUGUCUUCUGCAUGGGUCAUGUGACAACAUCACUGAUGAGACGUGUGGAUGCAUCAAUGCCCUUCCCCCUGAUGAAGAAUACUGCCAGCUCUCCCAACUCAGUACGUUCUCAUGUCUGGUCACAGUUGACGUAAAACUGUGGAUACAGCCAAGAAUCUGAAGCUGUGACACUCUACAAGGCCUCAAUUCUCCUGAGUCCUUAAUGUAAGAGUAUUGACCCAUACUGGGAUUGAUCAAACAAUAGACAUGGUUAAAUCACUAACUUUAAAGACUC